GGUUGCUAUGUGGCGGACUGGCCCAGCGAGACUGGACUGGCGGACUGGGAAGGGGACUUGACGGCAAGCAGGCAAGCGAGUGUCUGCAACCUUGAGAAGGCUCACCCCCACAUUACCGCACCUGUGCAGCUCACAGCUCUACUGAGUACCCGACCGACCUUUUCGUGUACACCUCCUCAAAACAUACACAACUCCCCCAGGUCACUUACAACCAUGGCCGAACCUCCAAUAGGUAAAACUGUCUCUCUCCUAGCUUCACCGUUGCUCCUACUCCUACUCCUGCUCCUGCUCCUCCUCCUCACCUAUACCACGCUGGCUAACACUAUCCCCAGUUCUUGAUGGAGGAACUGGUUUCCUCAAAGUUGGCUACGCCGCCCAGGUAUGCGCGUUCCUCCCUCACCUCACCCGUCAUCAAGCAGCUCAGAACUGAGUACGUCUCCUCUGGUAGAACUUCCCCGAAUUCCAGUAUCCCUCGAUUGUCGGCCGACCCAUCCUGCGAUCCGAAGAGAAGGGCAACGAUGGCCUCGUUAUCAAAGAUAUCAUGUGCGGAGAUGAGGCAGCCGCUGCCCGGACAAUGCUGCAAGUCUCUUACCCCAUGGAAAACGGCAUCGUGAAGAAGUGGGAUGAUAUGCAGCAUCUCUGGGAUUACACUUUUUACGAAAAGAUGAAGGUUGAUCCUACAGGUCGUAAGAUCUUACUUACAGAACCGCCCAUGAAUCCCUUGAGGAAUCGGGAGCAGAUGUGCGAGGUCAUGUUUGAGAGGUAUCAGUUUGGAGGCGUUUACGUAGCAAUCCAGGCCGUGCUGGCUUUAUAUGCCCAAGGUAAGCUUGGAGGCGUGCAAUACUAUGGGGCUGUGUUAACACAGUCAUAGGUCUUAGCUCUGGAGUGGUGGUAGAUUCUGGUGAUGGAGUCACCCAUAUCGUUCCUGUCUACGAAUCAGUCGUUCUCAACCACCUUACAAGACGACUGGAUGUUGCUGGUCGAGACGUCACGCGCAAUCUAAUUGCACUCCUGCUUCGUCGCGGAUAUGCCCUUAACCGAACAGCAGAUUUCGAGACGGUGCGACAGAUCAAAGAGAAGCUCUGCUAUGUUUCCUACGAUUUGGAACUGGACCAGAAGUUGAGUGAGGACACGACGGUUCUAGUAGAAAGCUACACUCUCCCCGACGGCCGAGUGAUUCGCGUAGGAAGUGAACGUUUCGAGGCCCCAGAAUGUCUGUUCCAACCUCAUCUAGUGGACGUUGAACAACCGGGUAUCGCGGAAUUCCUUUUCAACACUAUCCAAGCCGCAGAUGUGGAUGUGCGAUCAUCACUUUUCAAGGCAAUUGUUCUUUCUGGCGGAAGUAGCAUGUAUCCAGGUCUUCCAUCGCGACUAGAAAAAGAGCUCAAGCAACUAUGGCUGACAAAGGUGUUGGGUGGAAACCCGGAGCGACUGGGCAAAUUCAAAGUCCGAAUCGAGGAUCCACCUAGGAGAAGACAUAUGGUUUUCUUGGGUGGUGCAGUUCUGGCGAAUAUCAUGGCGGACAAGGAGAACAUGUGGAUUACGAAAGCCGAGUGGGAGGAACAAGGUACGAGGGUGUUGGAGAAAUUGGGGCCUAGAUAA